AUGUCCUCUCCGCUUCGUAUUGCCAUACUGGAGUGCGAUGAACCGAUUGGAGAGACUAAAAGGAAAUAUGGAUCGUUUGGCAACCUGUUCCAUCUAUUGUUCGCUGCAGGUGUCGUACGCCUACAGCGAAAUAGCUCCAGAGAAGGCCCUGAAAUUGUCGAAUCCGCAUAUGAUGUUCGUCUGGGGAAUUAUCCUUUGCUAGGCGACAUCGAUGCGGUUGUCUUGACGGGUAGCAGAUACGAUAGCUUCUCAGAUGGAGAGGAAAACUGGAUUCUGCAACUUGUCGAUUUUGUUGCAAACCUGCUGCAUCAACAAACAAGGGUGAAAGUGAUAGGAGUCUGUUUCGGGCACCAGAUCAUCGGGCGAGCAUUGGGUGUGAUGCCGGUGAGGAAUGAGAAUGGAUGGGAGGUUGCGGUCACAAAAAUCGAAAUGACAUCGAAGGCUCGACGAUUGUUCGGUUUGCCUUCCCUGGCGCUUCACCAGAUGCAUCGAGACAUGUUGCCUGCUUGUCCAGCAAACGUGGAGCUUCUGGGUUGGUCAGAGCGAUGCCCGGUGCAAAUCAUGUACCGGAAAGGCCGUCUGCUAAGUAUGCAGGGUCAUCCGGAGUACCAUGGGCGCAUUGCGGAUGAGUUGCUAGAGCGCCGCGGUCCUACUGUGUUUGGGGAGGAAACUUACAACGAGGCUAAGUCCCGAGUAAAUUUGCCGCAUGAUGGAGCCGUGAUAGCAGCGGUAAUGCUGGAGUUUCUGCUUGAAUGA